AUGGCCGACCACAGCUCUCCAAAUUACAAAGAUCUUUACCUUAGGGCAGAAGAAGGACGGAAGCAGGAAGCAGAAGGGAGACGGCAGGAAGCAGAAAGGAGGCGACAAGCAGAGGAAAGCAACCAACAGACCUCUUUCACAGAGCUCUUACAGAACUGCCAUGACCUUCUCUCCCGCCAGUUGCGAGUCGAGACACCAUCUCGCUCAACCACUGGAAAAUACCCCUUCCCACUGGAAAAUACUGCCCAACUCGAUUGGAACAUUGGGCCGACUGCCCAGAGCAGCUGCUAA